UACUCAAGUCAUCCAUAUUGGUUGUUUUCAUAGGUCGAAGUUGAAAAAUACACACAGUGGUCCUCAGAUUCACUGUCGGCAUUUACAAUGGCACCUUCAGUGCGGCGAAGACACACACCAGUCAAUUAUGCAAAACAGCUCCUCAGUGCAAUUCAAUCAAUACGACAGCAAAAGCAAAUCCCGAAUUUUGAUAGAAUCUCAAGGUUCCUUCAGCGUUACACAGACAUCACCCCAAGAAGAUGCAAGGAGCACUUGAAUAAUGCAGUCAGUGAUGGUUUCAUCGUUGAGUAUACAGCUUUAGGAGUGAAAGGUCAGCGGACAGGUUUAGAACAAGAAGGAUAUCGAUCAACUCAAGAUGGAGAUGAGGAGGAACAAGAUGAUGGCCAUGACUGGUACUGUUUUGAAUGUCACAGUCCUGGGGAAGUGUAUGAGUGCAGCGACUGUUUUCGUGUCUACCACCAAGGCUGUACCCGUGAGGAUACCACUGGGGAAGCUUUUGUCUGCAGUGUCUGUCGAGACAAAGAGGCCAGCAAGAAAAAGAACAAGAUGAAAAAGAAGAUGUUGAACACACUGUUGAGUUACACCAUAUUGCGCCUUAGAGAAAAGACAAGAGAGUUACACAAGAUUGGGUUAAAAGCAAAUGCGGAAGACUUCAAGAGAUUUGUAUAUAGGAGAAUGGAUUUGAAUCGAAUGGAACAAAAAGUACAAGCUUCGCGUUAUAAGUGUUUGGAAGAAUUUCAUGCUGAUGCAAGGACAAUUCUACACAAUUGCACCCUGGUCUAUGGAGAUGAGAAAGGGGGCAUGACAGAUCUUGCAGUGGUCAUGGUCAAAGACUGCAAAUAUGAUCUGGAUGAGAUAGAACUGUGUCCCAACUGCUACUACAUGUCCAAUGCUAAACCUGAAGAUUGGUUUUCUCAACCAUGUAACCCACCUCAUGAAUUAGUCUAUGCCAAACAGAAAGGCUACAGUUACUGGCCUGCAAAAGUUGUCAAAGACUUGGGUGGAAAAUCUGAUGUUCGAUUCUUUGGCGGAUGGCAUCAGAGAGCUGUGAUACCUGCUGAAUACAUAAAACCAAUUACUACAGAUCUGAAAGCAAUGACUAUAAAACGCACUGCAGGGUUUACAAAGGCCGUGAAGGAACUGAAGAGACACCAAGAAAUCUUAGAAGAAAGAGAAAGAGAGCUGGAAGCAACAAACGGGAAAGGGCUUGAUGAAGAGGAGGAAGAAGAGGAAGAUGAGGAGGAUGAAGAAGAGAUGGGAGAGCAGAAGGAGGAAGCUGAGGGAGAGCAAGAGGAUGGAAGUGAGAAACACACAGAAGAGUCAUUGGAGGAGGAAGAAGAGGAAGUCAUCAGAAAGCAUUCUCCUAAGAAAGCUGUGAGAAAGAAGCGAGACAGUUAUGAGAAUCGCUCUAAAAAGUCUCAAAAAAGAAAGAGAGAGGAUGUGGAGGAUGAGGAGGAAGAAGAAGAUGACUUUGAAAACAGAGAAGUUACUUCAACGAGUGUUGAAAAGAAUGCAAGAAAACGUCAAAGAAACUCUGCAAAGUACAAUAGUCAAGAUGAACUACAUACAGUCACUUCUAGCAUGGAUAAAGUGGCAAACAGUCCACCGGUUCCAAUGACGACUACAGCCAGCCAAACACUUUCACUAAGCUACGAGGUUGCGUCAGUUCAGACAGACCCCAUGGUAACGGACACAGAGCAGGACAAGGGCAGCAGCACAGAGGCUCCAGCUAGUGGACAGCAGAGUGAAGCAGCAGACUCCUCGGCCAUGGAGGAGAGGAUGGCAGAGGCCAUGGCUCAGCUCACACGGAGGCUGGAAGAGAAGUUUGAGGAGGACAAAAAGGAUGCUCUUAAAGAACUCUCUCAGAGGUUAGAGGAGGACUUUGGAAAGGACAAGCAACAGGCUGUGGAGAGGACAAUUGCCUCUAUGAAGCUGGAGGUGGAAAAAGCUCGAAAGCAAGGAGAGGAAAACACCAGAGAGCAAUAUAUGGAGGAGAUGAAGAAACUGGCUGCUAAACACAAGGAAGCCAUUUCUCAAGCCAAGAAGCAGCAAUGGUGCCAGUCUUGUGAGAAAGAGGCCAUCUACCACUGCUGCUGGAACACGUCAUACUGCAGCACCAAAUGCCAACAGGUUCACUGGCACAAAGAACACAAGCGAGUCUGUCGUCGCAAGCGUCCAGAGACAUCAUCCAACCAUUAGUCCACGUGUGUUCAUAAGUAGGGGUUACUCAUUUUGACCCAAACAGAUUACUUAAGAAAAGUGGAGGAAAGGCUGGUGAUGGAUGGAAGAUGGGAGUGGCCUUUCUUUUGAGGUUUUUCUUCCACUGUUGGUGAUAAGGAUUAGGGAUCGAGACUUCUAUUUUUGUUGUAUUGAAAUAGUGGCUAUUUUCAUGUCGACCCUCCAUAAACUCCAACUCUGCAAUGUUCAUAUGAAUUUUUCUGAAAAAUAAGUCAAUUAUCAAGCUCAUGUGAUGGUUCAGCUUGGAAUGCUAAUGAUGAUGAACUUCUAAAGGUGUUCAUUAUUUCUUUAUGUGUCUAUUCAACAGUUCCAGAAAAUGAGGAUGGAUAACCAAAUAUUACCGUUUUAUUUUGUGUGUGCAUGUGGGGAGGGAGGGACUUUCACUGUGAGGAAGUUUAUUAUCUCAUAUUUUAUUGAUCCUCAGUGCCCACUUUCCAUGUACUGAAGCAAAUUAUGGGUUACUUGGAAAUUGUUGGGGGGAGUGUUUCGUUCAUAUUCUUUGUGGUUUUGUCAUAUGUUAGAUGUUCUGACUCUGUAAUCAGAACAAAAUGGCUGUUCUGUGAUUUGAACGGUAAGAGAAACAUUUUAUAUAUAUUGGCACAGUUAUAUUUUUUGCCUACAGUAUUUUUUUUAGUGUGUGUGUGUUCACGAUAGAUGAAAGAUGACUCCUAAAAUUUCAGGAACAAAUACAGUCAGUUCAUGGAUGCUUGGAAGAUUUAUUUCUGUACAUCCUUGAGACUUGGGAUCCCUAAAGUAGGAUGAGGAUAUCAUUUGUCUACUUUAUGUUAAUUAGCUCUUACUUUAUAGAUCUGUUACCUGUCAGUCAUGUAAAUUUUUUCCCUUCCAGCCUUUUUUCUGAUAAGUUUUGUUUGGAACAUGUAUUUUAUGAAGUUACAAUUGACAAGAGCCAAAAUUUCCAAAGGGCUGAAAAGGGCAAGGUUCACUGUCUCUCUUUCCUGCUGUGUAUUUCUUUAAUGUAUGUAAUAAUGUAAGG